AUGUAUAUAGUGCUUAGAGGUACUAAACCCAAGGUGGAUUACAGAAAACUAUUUUUCGGAAAUCUUGCAAGUCCAAGAGCUAUCUUUACUCUAUGGAUGGCUUGCCAAAACAGGCUCCUUACCAAAGAUAGGAUGAUGAAACAUGGCAUGAGUACUGAUGAAGUGUCUGUGUUAUGCAACUUACAAGAAAGUUGCCACCAUUUGUUCUUUGAAUGUGAGGCUACCAAGGGUGUUUGGAAGCAGGCUAUAACUUGGAUUGGAGUUGAUCACAAUCCAGGUGGAUGGAAGUCUGAGCUGGUUUGGAUCACUCAACAAACUCUUGGAAAAGGGAGUAGAACUAAGCUUUUGAAGAUGGCCAUUGCAGAGACUGUCUAUUAG